UCACAAACAUGGCGGAACUGCGUAAAUAGCGGCUAAAAGUUCGGGAAUUUGUAAAAUCUGGACGUAUUUGAGUAGAAAGGUGUGAAUAUACUUUGAUGAAUUUUACGUAUGAUAAAAUUUAGAAAUCAAGUCUAGUAUGCACCAUACGGCUCGCCGGCUGCGCAGUGAGUCUGCAAAUCCGCACCUUCAAGCCAUUUACCCCAACCAGAAGCCAGCCUGCUUUUUGGCCCUGCUCAUCUCCAGUAAACUCACUUACUGCAUUGGAGUGUUCUUGGCCUACGACAUUCUCAAACAGCUACACGUGAUUCCACUUUUGUGUCUCUUAAAACUGAUUGCAGGAUGUCUUUUUAUGGUGGUGCAGAAGCCACUGUCGGGGGGCCAGCCGCUGAGCGAGGCGCAAUGGCUUCAAACCAUCUACCUGGCCGUCGGCCGCGUGAUGGUGUCCGUCCUCUGGAUCUACGGGAUCAGCCUCAGCGGCCCGUUCCGAGCCAUUCUAGUCUGUGAGCAGUACGACUUUGUCGUCGUGGCCGGAUUCACCGCGCUUACCUCGGGAGGUGGUGCGAACUCGGCGUUUCGAGGCGCCGUCACUUUUGUCAUUGGGCUGAUGGUGCUGCUCUUCCUCGACCAUGACGAAGGAAAUCUGCACCCAGACGCUGAACACGGAGGCUCCUGGAUCGGCCUUGCUGACCACAAGGUAGGAGUUAUAUUGAUGGUUCUUGUGAUGCUGGUGCAAGUUGGGGUGAACACCAUCGCAAGCAAGCUUGGCUCUUCUCUCGGAGGUCAGAAGAGGAUUCACGCCCUGACCACUGUCACCGAAGGCAUUAUGCUGAUUCCCGUUUCGCUCUUUGUUUACUUUUACAAGGGUGCUUCGUCAGACUUCACUUUUUCGACCUACAUAUUGCCAAUGAUCACUGCCUCAGUUUGUAUUUACGUUUUGGAAUUCUACAUCAACAGCUUCACUCUGCAAAAGCUUCCACCAAACCGCGUCGCGCGUGUUGGCUCAAUUUCUGUGUUCCUCUCUUCCCUGCUUUGCGCCUACCUCUGGAGCAGCGCCGCUAAUCAAGUCACAAAGGCAGACCCGACGUCGUACACAGUAGCGGACCAUUCAUUGUCUGGCGGCAGCAUUUUUGCCUGCAUUCUAUUCAUCAUAGCGUCAUUAAGCCUAACUUCAGACUUAAAACAAGGCACCAAAGGCUCGUUCAUUGGCUACUCUGAGACAGGCCUGCCCCUCUACAGUUUUAGGAACAGUGCCCUGCAUCAAACUUCUAAAUCUUUCUUCAACUUGGGUGCCACGAUUGUCAAGCAAAUCCUGACCAGCCAAAACAGCAGGAAAAUUUUCUACUUCCUCUGCCUCAACAUGGCAUUCACUGUGGUGGAGUUUGUUUACGGCGUUUGGACCAACAGUCUCGGACUGAUUUCCGACGGCUUCCACAUGCUUUUCGACUGCUCAGCGCUGAUCAUGGGCCUCAUCGCCUCUGUAAUGGCAACAUGGAAGCCAUCACGAACCUUUUCCUAUGGUUACAAUCGAGUUGAGGAUUUGUCAGGAUUCGUGAACGGCCUCUUCCUGCUUGUCAUCUCUUUUGGAGUUUUCUCUGAGGCUGUCAAGAGGCUGUUUGACCCUCCUGACAUCAACACAAAUCAACUCCUAGCUGUUUCAUUUGCUGGAUUGUGUGUUAAUCUACUUGGCAUUCUCGCCUUCAGAAGUUCACAUGGUCACAGUCACGGGGGGCACCACCAUGGUCACUCUCACAACUCCAACAUGGAAGGAGUAUUUCUGCACGUGCUAGCUGACACAAUGGGCAGUGUAGGAGUGAUUGUGUCUUCCUUGCUCAUUGAGCACUUUGGCUGGUACAUCGCAGACCCCAUCUGCUCCAUCCUGAUCGCCAUUUUAAUUUUCCUGAGCGUCAUUCCCCUGCUGAAAAACGCGGCGUACGUCCUCCUGUUGCGAGUGCCGCCAAAGGCUUUGAAAGAACUCACCACUGGAUUCACAAGAGUUCAGGCCAUUGAUGGGGUUGUUGGGGUGAAAGAUCCGUAUUUGUGGCAGCACACGGGCUCUGCAAAUAUUGGAACUCUAAGGGUCCAGGUUUCCUCUGACGCAGUGGAACAGCGUGUUGUGCAACAGGUGACGGCAAUUUUCAAGGGCAUGGGUUUCACUGAGUUCACGACGCAGGUGGAGAAGCCUAGUUUCCCAGAGCAUUUAUCGAGUUUAGGAGUGAACUACAACAAUUUGUCGAAGGUCAAUGGCCACUUUGACAGCAAGCUGCUCUCCAAUCCUGAUGCAGUAGUCAAUGUUAAGUUUGUUUAAAAUCUACGGAUGAUCUCUGUUGUUCCAUCCUCAGUGUUUAUAAAUAAAAAUAAAUAACAAAAGA